AUGCCAGAGCUUCGUAGUGGACCGCGACGACGUCGUGCUCCGGUUAGUCGUAGAAGCUCGGAACCACCGUCUCCGGCGGGGAGAUACGUAAAGACUCGCGCUGCAGUUGCCAGGGAAGUGGCGGCGGCGGCGGAGAGGCCGAGGACUCGUUUGGCGGCGAAACAAUUAGAAGAGGAGAAGCCGGUCAUUGUUAUAUCCGAUCACACUAAGAAGGAAAUUGAAGGCGGCGCUAUGGGGGAUGAGAGUGGUGGCCUAAGUGCUAACAAGGGUGUUGCACAAGAAGAUGACGCUAACCCAGCUCCUUUCCCGGAAAGGGUUCAAGUAGGAGGGUCGCCUGUCUACAAAGUCGAGAGGAAACUCGGCAAAGGAGGAUUUGGACAGGUAUUUGUUGGCCGGCGAGUAACCGGUGGUAAUGACCGUACCGCUGGUCCUGGUGCCACUGAGGUGGCUUUGAAAUUUGAGCAUAGAAACAGCAAAGGCUGUAACUAUGGCCCCCCUUAUGAGUGGCAAGUGUACAAGUAG